GAGUACUGGCGGCUGCUCUUCAAGAAGAUCACUGUAAAAGAUAUUGAAGACUUCGAAAAGAGCUAUAAAGACUCAGAAGAAGAGCUAGCUGAUAUUAAAACAGCGUACAUGGAUUUUGAGGGCGACAUGGACAAAAUAAUGGAGUCUGUGUUGUGUGUGGACUAUACCGAUGAACCAAGAAUACGAAAAAUCAUAGAAAAAGCUAUUGACUCUGGAGAAAUCCCAUCCUACAAAAGUUUUGUAAAAGAGUCUAAGCAGAAAAUGAUGGCAAGAAAAAGGCGGGCAGAAAAAGAAGCUAGAGAGGCAGAAAAGACUAAAGAUGAACUGGGCCUUGGUGAUAGAGAAGAUGACUUAAAAGCACUGAUUCAGAGCAGAAAUAAAGAUCGAAAAAAG